GGGCGAUGUGAAAAGUCACGUUUGAAGUAAAAUAAAUCGCUCGUCUUUUUGAAUCAACGCACAUUUGACAUUAUUCCGCUUCCAAUCGAACCUUUUCGCUCUCGAGAGCGAAGAUAACGUGACGCGGAGCGCAUUCUUGGUCGUUGGAUGAGAUUUUUGGAAAUUUUCCUAGCGUGAAAACUGCGAUUAAGAUCGGCAGCCAUUUUUAAACUGCCCGCUUAGCUUUAGCUGUAUGUACGGUGUAUAACGCGUGUACACAUGUAUAAAGAGGGAACAUGGAUAAUGUUAUCCAUAUACAUAUUUUGCUCUCGAGGUAGUAAUUUCGAACGCGAACGAGCUCGAAUGGGACUGCGUGAUCGUCGAGGAAACGGAGAAUAGGGCCAGGGCCAGGGCGCGAAGGUGACGUUUCGCGAGGAGACGAGCGGUUCGAGGGAGAAACUCGAGAGGCGAUUUUUCGCGAACGGACGGUGUCGGAGCGAAUACGCUUCUUUCCCGUAAAAAUUAAUAUAAUGCAACAGCGAGAACUGUCAACAUUCUAAAAGCAGAGAGUAUGCCUUCGAACCGUCGUCUCGUGUCCUGUACGGAAAUCGGAGCAUGUGGUGGUGCGAACGAUUGAGAGGAAGCGCGAGAAUCACCGCACGGAUCUAUAGCGUAGAUCUCGUAGUAAACGAAGAGACAUCCCCGAGAAGAGAUCGCGAUGAGAGACUGAACGGGACGAUGUCGGUUCGUGUCUCUCGUAUGUUAAGUUUCCAUAAUAAUGGCAGAUAAUGUGCACAGAAAAUCGCACAAACUGUCGGAUGGUAGCAGCAGCAGCAGCAGGAAGGUGUCGAAUCCGGUUCACCGCACGACCACGGAGACGAUCCGUCUGGGCGAGAUAGACAGGCUGCACCAGCCGGUUACCCUGAUCGCCCCGGGGAACGUGCAAGCGGGAACGGGACAGUGCAAUCGGAAAAAGACGUCGUCCUUUCAGAUCACGAGCGUGACCGUAGGCUGCCGCAUGAGCAAUGACGCCGGCGAGGACUCGAACGACGACCUGGACGAGUCGCACACGGAGGACAAUUCCGUGGAGCACUCGCGCAUCACCGACCUCGACAUCGAGACGCCGAGCUACUCCGAGGACACGUUCUCCAAGGAGGACGUGUUCUUCAACACGAGCCACGCCGCCCUCAGCACGGCACCGGUGAUCCCCACCAGCUCCCAGUACGGCCUGGCCAUUGUACCCUCCGAGGGUGGGAAUGUCAGUAAUUCGGUUAACGAUAGCAAUAUCAAUACUCUGGAUAUCACAUCCGUCACUGACAACAACAUAAUCAAUCUACUGUCGAGUAAUGUUAAGCAGGACUCCGAUCUGCGGGAGGUUCACUCUCACGGCAGGAACGAGAGAUUCAAGGUAGUCAAGAUCGAAAGUACCGAGCCUUUCAAGCGAGGACGAUGGACCUGCAUGGAUUAUUUGGAUCAUACGUCCGUCAAUCAGCCUACAGCCAUCGGUACUCCCAAGGUGUCGGAUCCAAACGAGGUGUGCAUAUCUUACGGGGUGACCGACAGCGGGAUUGUCGUACCGGAAGCUGCGAAGCAAUCCGUAGUGACCGACGACAAAGGAAUUAAUAUUGACACUAAUGGACCGGUAUCGUCUCACCAGGAUAAAGUGCAUUCGUCGAUUGCCGUUUCGAGCAAUCCUGCACAAUCGGUUUCGAGUGCAAAUUAUGCGGUAAACAAUUCGAUAUCUCCUAAUGUACAGCAUAAUCCUACGCAGCAAACUCAAGCUACGGUGCAGCAGGCGCCUACGCAACAAAUCCCGCAAUAUUUUCAAUCUCAGACUCAACCGAUAGUCACGCAGCAGCAACAGCAGCCUCCCCAAGGGGGUCAAGGAUCUACGUUACCCUCCAAUUUGCAGGCCACUCAUCCUAACAAUUUAGGGCAACCUCAGAGCAUGCCUCAGGGUUCUAUUCCUAUUAUAACUCAAACUAGUAAUAGCACGGUGACAUCGCAGCAAAAUAUACCUCAUUCCAACGAGGAGACGUAUGUUACGGUGAGCACGCAGAAUCAAUCCUUAUCGGUUCAGAAUAUUUGUCAGCCGGUGCAGCAAACUUCGGUCCCGACAUCUCAGACUCCAAACAUUCUCGUUACGCAGCAUCAAUCAGACGCAGCUUCCUGUCAGCAGCCUUUGCAAACGCAAAAACCACAGAUGACCCAAAUUUCCGAGCCACUAACUGCCAUACAGGGGAUGCAGGGCAUGCAAAACAUUCAUAAAGUUCCUCAGACGGCGCAGCAAACCUCGGUACAAUCCCAAGUGAUCGCAUCCUCGACUCAGCAGAUACCACAACCGCAAACAUCUAGUAGUACUGCCCCGGUGCAAAUUACGCAAGUGACGACUGGCUGUCAAAAUGUCGUGAGUGGAUUGCAGCAGGGAAACAUUGCAUUUCAUCAAUCUGAUCCCGAACAAGAAUCUAUCUCUGGUAUUGUUGCCAAUGCCGCUACCAUACAGUCGGCCGAUGCAACUCUCCUGGAAUCAUCGUUAGCUGAAGUGACACAGGGCAGCGACGAGCAUCGUACUCUCGAAGAUAAUGAAAGUAUGUCGGGGACAAGCGCUGUGGCAAUUGAUAACAAGAUUGAACAGGCUAUGGAUCUGGUUAAAAGUCAUUUAAUGUUCGCGGUACGAGAAGAAGUGGAAGUACUAAAAGAAAAGAUAGCUGAACUUAUGGAUCGUAUCAAUCAAUUGGAAGCAGAAAAUUCAUUAUUAAAAGCGCACGCAACUCCAGAAACGUUGGCGCAAUUAAGCCAAUCGACAGCAAAAUUACCCCAAAACAGUUCAGGAAGUGGUCAAUAGCAUCGAUGACCAGUUGUCGCAGACUUUCAUAAAUAACAGAAUCGAAAAAUGCAAGAUCGUGGAAACGUAUAGGCCUUCCCAGGAUAUAUUUAAUUACAUGACGAUUUAAAAAUAGUGGACAAAGCUCAUUUUGUAAGAGGCACAAUCCUAUAAGUCUAAAAGCAGAAACA